AUGGGCGAAAACUUGGUAGUCGCAGAUCAGUCGGCGUACGCGCUGCACAUGCCGCUUGAUACGACAAAUGUGCGAUUACCUUUAUCUAUUGUAGACUGCUUUUUAACUCCUAAGAUUGACAACCACCGAUAUUUAACCUUUUUAAUGACAUCUGCAAUAUUCAAAUUAUUAUUUUCUGUAUUUAGCUCUAAUGUUUUGGAAAGUUCUGGAUAA